AAGUUUGUCCAAUUUCACAGAGUUAUACUACAUAUGUGUAAUUUCCAUAUACAUACAAAGUUCAUUCAUAUAUACAUAUAUAUAUAUACACACACACAUGCACACACCAUCACUCAAAUAAUCUAAAACCGUACAGCUUGAUUAAGUGCUUUUCCUUAAUCGUUGGAAGAUGGGAGCAAUGGAAGUGGAGGCUCCGUUCGACCCACAACCACCAAAAGUCUCAGAAAACGGCGACGGCGACGCCGACGAGGAUGAGAUUUCGCCCAUAGAGGAAGUCCGGUUAACCGUACCCGUAACCGACGACCCGAGUCUCCCCGUAUGGACCUUCCGGAUGUGGGUUUUGGGUCUUCUCUCCUGCGUCCUCCUUUCCUUCCUCAACCAGUUCUUCACUUAUCGAAGGGAGCCGCUUAUUAUUACUCAGAUCACUGUGCUCGUUGCCUCUCUACCCAUCGGACGGUUCAUGGCUGCUGUCCUGCCCACCACCAAAUGGACAGUUCGGGUUCCCGGGCUCGGGAUCCGGGAGUUCUCGCUCAACCCGGGUCCGUUUAACAUCAAGGAGCAUGUGCUGAUAUCCAUUUUCGCUAAUGCUGGGAGUGCUUUUGGAAAUGGGCCGGCUUAUGCGGUUAUGAUAGUGGAUAUAAUCAUUGCAUUUUACAGAAGGAAAAUAUCUUUUCUGGCUGGAUGGCUCCUCAUUAUUACCACUCAGGUUCUUGGGUACGGUUGGGCAGGACUCCUGAGGAAAUACGUAGUUGAGCCGGCACACAUGUGGUGGCCGAGCACUCUUGUCCAGAUUUCACUCUUCAGAACACUGCAUGAGAAAGACAAUGAAGGUGCUAUUGAAAAUGGGGAUGGUAGCAGCAAGAAACGCCAAAUGUCACGUUCAAAGUUCUUCCUGAUUGCUCUAACAUGUAGCUUUUUGUGGUACUUAUUCCCAGGUUACUUAUUCCAAAGCCUUCAGAGCAUUUCAUGGGUGUGCUGGGUGUUUCCUCACUCUGUCACUGCCCACCAGAUUGGAUCAGGUUUAAAUGGCCUGGGAAUUGGAGCUCUCACACUAGACUGGGCUGCUGUAGCUUCUUUCUUGUUCAGCCCUCUUAUCUCUCCCUUCUUUGCCAUUGCCAAUGUUUUCGUUGGAUAUUUUAUUAUUAUGUAUAUUGUGAUACCCAUAUCCUACUGGGGGUUGAACGUAUACAAUGCCAAAAACUUCCCAAUCUAUUCCGCUGACCUAUUUACUGCAAAUGGUCAGGAGUAUAACAUAUCGGCAAUUGUUAGUCCUCAAUUUGAGCUUGACCGAGAGCAGUAUCAGAAGCAAGGGAGAAUUCACUUGAGCACAUUCUUUUCUCUCACUUAUGGAUUUGGAUUUGCCACCAUUGCCUCUACAGUUACACAUGUUGCCUUGUUCUAUGGAAGAGAGAUAUAUGACCGCUACAAGGCUUCUUCAAAGGCCAAGAGAGAUAUUCACACUAAACUAAUGAAAAACUACAAAGAUAUACCUUCGUGGUGGUUUUACGUUCUUCUUGCGGUGACAAUGGUGGUGUCAUUAGUCCUCUGCAUCUUCCUGAAAAAGGAGAUUCAGAUGCCUUUCUGGGCCCUUUUGCUUGCUGCUGUCCUUGCUUUCUUAUUUACUCUUCCCAUCAGCAUCAUUACUGCAACAACAAAUCAGACUCCAGGCCUAAAUAUUAUCACAGAGUACCUUAUGGGCAUCAUAUAUCCUGGAAGGCCGAUAGCCAAUGUCUGCUUUAAGGUCUAUGGCUACAUGAGCAUGACUCAGGCAAUAGCCUUUCUUAGUGAUUUCAAGCUUGGUCAUUACAUGAAAAUUCCUCCUAGGUCAAUGUUCCUAGUCCAGUUCCUUGGGACCAUGGUUGCAGGCACAGUAAAUAUGAGCGUUGCUUGGUGGCUUUUGCACACUGUCGACGAUAUAUGCCACCCAGACAAGUUCUCAAACAGUCCUUGGACAUGCCCCAAUGACCAUGUCUUCUUUGAUGCCUCAGUCAUCUGGGGUCUGGUUAGUCCAAUACGGAUUUUUGGCAGUGAAGGUAACUAUUCAGCACUAAACUGGUUCUUCCUAGCCGGGCUAUUGGGGCCCGUUCUUGUGUGGGGAUGCCACAGGGCAUUCCCCAAGCAUUCUUGGAUUCCCCUCAUUAACCUUCCUGUACUCUUCGGAGCAACUGCUUAUAUGCCACCGGCAACCGCACUGAACUACAAUUCUUGGAUUUUUGUUGGCACGGUUUUCAAUUUUUUCGUGUUUAGAUACAGGAAGAAGUGGUGGCAAAGGUAUAACUAUAUUCUCUCAGCUGCCUUGGAUGCCGGCGUCGCUUUUAUGGCUGUGUUGCUCUACUUCGUUGUGGGCCUUGAGAACAGAAACAUAUCGUGGUGGGGCAACAACGACCCCGAGCAUUGCGAUUUGGCAACUUGCCCUACGGCUAAGGGUAUUGUAGUUGACAACUGCCCGGUAUAUUAGUCUCUGAAGUAUCUUGGUGUUUAUUUUUUCGUAGAUCUGUUUUCUGAAAGUUCGUGUCUCAUAGAAUUGCUUGGAAGUGAAAGGAAAAAUGUAUAUGAUUUGGAUUUACAUUGUCCCUCGUUUCUGUAAUAUAGUUCAUGUAUACCCCUGCUGUUUCAUGUCUUGUAAGAGAAAGGUUUUUACAAUAGCUUGCAUGUAAAAUCUGCAUGGAACUUUGAGAUAGUUGAAAUGAAUACAGCUGAAGUUGCUAGUA